AUGUCAUUCACUGGUCGAUGGACAGCAGAAUCAAAGGACGACUGGAUAAAGGCUGACCCAGCUGCUCAGGCUACGCUUUUGGUCAACAUGGCUUCGUGGGUUGUGCAGGUUGAAGAAGCAUUUUCGAAAAUGCAAGGGACUCCUACGGCAAUGGAAGAGUGCAUGGAGAAGCAUGUAGAAGAGCUCAAAUCAACAAUUAAGCUUGUCCAAGGCUCUCUAACUCCAGCACUCAGACAAAAGAUAAUGUGCAUAAUCACAAUUGACACGCACGGACGAGACAUCAUCCAGCGUCUUCUGGAUGAACGCGCCAACUCCGUUGACUGCUUCCAGUGGCAGUCCCAGCUUAAGUACUUCUGGGAUGCAGAAACGGAAGAGGUUUCCAUUCGGAUUACAGAUGCAGCAUUUGCCUACGGGUAUGAGUACCUCGGUAACGGGCCUCGUCUUGUAGUCACUCCUUUGACUGAUAGAAUUUACGUGACUGCAACCCAGGCGCUCCAUCUCUCCAUGGGAUGCGCACCAGCAGGUCCAGCAGGGACAGGUAAAACGGAGACAACGAAAGACCUUGCUUCAGCUCUUGGCAAGGCGUGCUAUGUUUUCAACUGCUCGGACCAAAUGGACUACCAAUCCAUGGCAAAUAUUUUUAAGAUUGGGCCAGCUGGCGCUAAUGAAAGAUCCGAAUUUCACCAUUCCGAAAGCCUCAUUUGUUCUGCAUGCGGGCUUCAGGGGCUUGCUGCUUCUGGUUCCUGGGGUUGCUUUGACGAAUUCAACCGUCUCGUGCCGGCAGUCCUUAGCGUGUGCUCAGUUCAGUUUAAGUCGGUGGUUGAUGCUGUCAAGGCAAAUGCAGAAAAAUUUUUUAUCCAGGGAGAUGAAACGGUUUUAGACCGCACCUGCGGAGUGUUUAUCACCAUGAAUCCCGGGUACUUGGGUCGGUCUGAACUUCCUGAAGGGCUGAAAGCCUUGUUCAGGCCAAUCACAGUGGUCGUCCCCGAUUUGGAGCUGAUUUGCGAAAACAUGCUCAUGGCUGAGGGCUUCGUAGAGGCAAAGGAGCUAGCCAGAAAAUUCACUCGGCUGUAUGCCCUGUGUAAAGACUUGCUAUCAAGAGCAGCACACUAUGACUGGGGGUUGCGAGCGAUCAAAUCCGUAUUGGUUGUAGCCGGGACUUUCAAGAGACAAAUGCCUGAACUAUCUGAGCAGGCAAUCCUCAUGAAGGCACUGAGAGAUUCCAACCUGGCCAAAAUUGUAGCGGAUGACGCAAAAAUUUUCCAGGGACUUUUGAGCGACUUAUUCCCUGGAGUUGAGCCACCUCCACAGACUGACGCAGUUUUCUCGGAGGCUGUUGUAAAAGUCUGCAACGAGAUGGGGUUGACCGUCAACGACGGCCUGGCGCUGAAAGCCCUGCAAAUGAGAGACCUUCUAGCCAUUCGCAUGUGUGUCUUCGUCAUGGGGCGGCCAGCGUCCGGGAAGAGCACAGUUUGGAAAGUGCUCGCAAAGACUCAAGAUGCUCUUGGAAGCAAAACAACUAUUGUGGACAUCAAUCCCAAGUCUGUGAACACAGAUGAGCUUUAUGGGUAA